UUUUUCUUGAGCCGAGGGUCUUUCGGAAACGACCUAUCUAUCUCCACGAGGUAGGGGCAAGGUCUGCGUACACUGGACCCUCUCCAGACCCUACCCGUGGGAUUACACUGGGUAUGUUGUUGGUGACUGCUCCUCGUGACAUUACUUCUGUUGAUAUAAUGAAAAUCCUUAAAUAAAUUCUUGAUAAUUCCAUUUUAAGUACUUCGGUCAUUCGACAUUAUAAACCUUAAGGGUCAUCACAGCCGUUAAUGGAGAUAAAAGAUGGAAAUAGAUUCUCACCUUAUGGGUCGCUGAUGAAAAAUGGUUAAACAGCAAGAGAUAUAUUUUAUUAUGUCCUUCUCAAUAAAACUCCUUAUGUUACCAAAUUACUGAUCUAUUUUUCUCUUGCAAGUGUUCCUCCAGUUAAUAUUUGUUUUUCAGUAGUCCUAUUUCAUAGUUAUAUACAUAUUAUGUUUUUCUAGCAAUGACUUGUAAGUUUGCUUUUGUGCCACCAAAGUAUGGUAAGUACUCCUGCAUUGAAAAUCUCCCUUAAUAAAUCAUGUUACUCUUUCUGUAUAUCAAUGUCUACAUCUGCCAAUUAAGCAAAUAUUUUCUCUGUGCAGUUCAGCUGAUAAUUAAAGGAUCUCGUGGAAAUGGCAACGUAUAUGUGGAGGAAAUAUGCAGAUUAUGUAUACACAAAAUGGGAAAAGACGCUCCUCUGGGAUAUGGUAGAACCAUUUAGGAGACCAAAAUCGUUUACACCUCUUGUUUCAAUCUAUGUAUGUGCAUUUUAUACAGGGGUUAUUGGAGCAGCCAUCACUGAACAACUUUACAAGGAAAAAUACUGGGAAGAACACCCUGGGCAAGAAGUGCCUCUAAUGAAACCAAUGUUUUAUGGUGGCCCUUGGAGAGUAAUGAGAGGCGAUGUUCCUCCUAUGGGAAAGUUCGAACUCUGAGCUGCAGUAAAUUGGAUUGUUACUAGGUAUCCAAUGUAAGCUCUAGGAGAAGGAAAGGUACCGCCUUAGUCUUUGGUUCAACAACAAAGGUAGUACAAACAAGAUGUGUGGUAGGUGCAUACUAGUUCGACUCUUACAAGUGGAACCAGCUCUAUGUUAGUGGAGAAGAGUAGAAGUUCAAGCC